AUGACUUCUAGCAGACAGAGACGGACGACCGCUCCCCUCUGGGUAGAAGAACCUCGUAUCCUCCUCCCCUGCCUUGCACUUCCAACUUCCGCCCCCCUGCCCGUGCAUUCGGACACCGUUCGUGCUCAGCAGCAUCGUUCUCCUCCACUGAACACUAUUUUGUGGUUCUCCCGAGGGUCCGAGACGGAUGACGUGUCCAGGCCUGUCACGAUCUGGCCUCUAGCACUGCUCAGUCCUGGUGCAGUCAUCGGGUGGGACACGUCAUCCCAGCUGCCUCGCACCCCUGGCCUCUCCUGGACCUCUUUCGCCGCUGUCGAUCUCCUGGUUCGCAUCUACACUCUUGUAGAUGGACCUUUCCUCCCUUCUCCCCUUCGGCGCUGA